GUAGGAAGCUGUACUUUCAGUACCAUCGCCUCAGCCAAGCCGCCAUUGAAGAUUGAUCCCUUUUUGUAUACCAUAAUAGAUUCUCAAAAGUUUAUGGGCUCAGGGGUCCGGAGAGAAAUAGCUCGUUGCAUUUCGGGCGCCUACCUAAAGCCUGGUUGAUUGAACACUACAGGGAACCACAUAAGCUUCCUGCCCCUCAUGCCUCCCCCAUUACGCUGGGGCUCGAUGCCGCGAUGCAGGUUAGGAAUGCAAGUCGCCAGUGCAAACUGUCGGGGUAUGCGAUUCCAAUCGACUGCUUGCCGGGGAGUUCAGCUGCGGAAAACAGCACCCAGGCAGCCGGCCUCUAGACUGUGUGUUGCAGGACCAUCCGGUCGCCGCCCAUGUACACCUUUGGCGGUGCCGGUUGGCGCUGACAGACACUCACCCAACUGCCGCGCGUUGUCAUCAUCAUCCACCUCAUUCUCUGUUAAAAAUGACACAAGAUUCAAUCCAGGGCCGGGUGAAAGGCAGUACUUGCAGAACAUCCCUAGAGAGGACACCAAUGGCAGGUGGUACUUCCAGCUCAGGGAGCGGAUAGGAAAAUGCAUCAUCUUUGGCUUGUCGGAGGCCCAGCUCGCGCGGGCCGUCGACUUGGUUGCCGCAAUGUCGGCCGAGUGGGAGAAGCUGGUCUUGCACAUGGACGAGUACCCUACCGACCAUGACGGUCUGCGCAACUUUACUGUGCCGUGGGGUGAUAUGGACAGUUUUGGUCACGUCAACAACGUUCGCUACUCUCGCUAUGCGGAAACGUGCCGGGUCAACUGGGUCACGGGCUUUGCGCACAAGGAUCCUUCGAAUGCUGAGGAAUGGAGGAGCCUAAUGACUAAACAGUCGAUCGGGCUGAUCAUGGCCGAGAUCUCGAUCAGAUUCCUGUCUCCCGUCGUCUACCCAGACACCCUCAAUGCCUACCACAAGGUCAUCAAGCUCCCCGACGGACCAGGCGAAGGGGACGCGGCGACGCGCAGCUCCAUGACCCUCGGCUGCGUCAUCAUGUCCAAGAAGCAGAGGCGCAUCGUGGCCACUGUCACGGAGAAGUUGGUUUUUUACGACUACCGCACCGAAAAGAAGACGGACGCCCCAGAGUUUGCCCUCGAGGUCCUGCGGCGGGCCUGCUCCGACGCCGCGGGCGCAAAGGCCGAGGCUGCCGUCAGGAUCCGCCAGUUCAGGGAGGCGGUCGAGAGGCUGGAGGCCGAGUCCUGGAAGCGCGAGGACGCGGUCGAGGACCUGGGGUCCGCUGGGGGUGGGAGGUGAGACGACACAGUGUUGAUGGUGAUGUCCAAUGGCUACAACUUGUUGUGGGCAGAGACCCGAAGUGAGACAAUGCUUUAGCCUUUUAGCCGAGGUUGCUACUCAGUAGUCCCUCGGGACAACACUCAUCCUUCGCCAUGCGCUACAUCGGAGGCCUCGGAGUGGGGAACGUCUACCAGAGCCAGAGUAAAGGAAGGAGUGUCAUCUUGGGGUUGAAGAGUCAUGUCAAGUUUUGUUGAUCUAGCAGACCAAACGUAGCGAAACUCGGAUGACUAAGACGGGUUAUAGCCGGAUACAUGACGACUGGAAACGACCCUACGAGCCACGAGUAGGAACCAAAACUGACGAUGAUUGCUUAUCUGACGCCUCGCUGAGGCGAGCGGGCAUGGAUGAUAGUCUGCCAUUACCCGAGGUUGUCAGGCGGGCACGUCCAUAUGUCAUUCUAUCAUGACUGACUGGAGACAUGGCAUAACGUGUACUCGCUCGGACGAAAAAAAGAAGAGUAAGACGUUGGACAAAGAUAGGACGAGCCGAAGGUUGUUGGUCGGACUACACAUAACUGCCUGAGCUGACACUUCUUGCCUUGGCAACGUAAGGUCGAACGUUCUGAUGGUAAUAUGACCGUUGAGGAAACGGACACUGGCUUCUUCUUGCCAGCUGUUAAGAAACGCAGAGGAUUCCAUUCACAAGUGGUUCGGAUGACUUGGGCGAGAAGUCUCGUCUGAUAUAAAAUCUUCGAGUCAAGGCCAUGUAUAUAUACUGACAAGUCACCGCCCAGUACCGUGGUUACAUAUACACAACCAGCCAGUUAAACAGAAGCAAGCACAUAUUAGUGAAAGUGGCUUGAUACAUGGAGUCUAUAAUUUGCGUGGA